AGACCGCGACCCCUGCGAACACGAAGCAGCAGCGAAAACACUAGUACAUAAUGGAUACCCAGCGACUCCCAGCUUUUCCGCCUCUCGAGACCGUCGAGCGCAUCAUCCUCCAUGAGAAACAGGGGAAUUGCGUUCCGGUCUAUGUCCAGCUCCCCGCAGAGCUCCUGACCCCGGUCAUGGCCUACCUUCGGAUAGCGAAGGACUCAAAGUACAGUUUUCUACUAGAGUCCGUAAUAUCUGGCGAAAACGUCGCUCGGUACAGUUUCAUCGGCGCUGACCCAUUCAAAGUCAUCAAAAUCGGACCCAAUGAAGAAAUCAAAGGAGAUCCCAUGACUCAUCUCCAGCGCGAGCUCUCCGUCUACAAAUAUGUCAAGAUCCCCGAAGUUCCAACCUUCACCGGCGGUGCCAUCGGUUUCGUCUCUUACGACUCGAUCAUGCACUUCGAGCCUAAAACACAGCGCGACCUAGCGGACCCUCUCAAAAUCCCCGAAGCAGUAUUCAUGCUCGCAGACACACUCCUCAUCUACGACCAUCUCUACCAGAACGUCAAAGUCGUCUCGCACGUCAUUUGUCCCGAGACGGCAGGGGCGUCCAACCUCACGUUCAUCUACCAGACUGCUGUGGCGAAGGCGAAGAGGCUAGCUCGUGUGAUUACGAGUCUGACGACGCCGGAGGUGGAUCAACCUCCGAUCACGCUCGGGAACGAGUCAAAGUCGAAUGUUGGAAAGGAGGGGUACGAGGGCUUCGUGACGUCGUUGAAGAAGAGGAUUGUGGCGGGAGAUAUCAUCCAGGCUGUACCAUCGCAGAGACUGGCAAGGCCAACGCAGCUACAUCCGUUCAAUGUCUACCGACAUCUGAGGCAAGUAAACCCCAGUCCGUACAUGUUUUACCUCGAUUGUGGCGGGUUGCAGGUCGUCGGGGCUAGCCCAGAGACGCUGUGUAAAGUGGAGAGCCGAAAGGUUUACAACCAUGCCAUUGCGGGUACGACAAAACGCGGAAAGACACCAGAAGAGGAUAGGUUACUGGGAGAAGAGCUUCAGAAGUCCGAGAAGGACCGAGCGGAACACAUCAUGCUCGUCGACCUCGCACGGAAUGACGUUAACCGAGUCUGCCAACCGAAGACGGUCAAAGUCGACGAGCUAAUGAAGCUGGAAAAGUUCAGCCAUGUCAUUCAUCUGACCUCGCAAGUUUCGGGCGUACUGCGAGAUGGUCUGGACAGAUUUGAUGCCUUCCGGUCAAUAUUCCCGGCUGGGACAGUAUCUGGAGCACCAAAAAUCAAGGCCAUCGAGCUUGUGUAUGGGUUAGAGAAGGAGCGUCGGGGUGUGUAUGCUGGCGCAGUGGGACGUUGGGAUUUUGCGAACGACGAGAUGGACACAUGCAUUGCUAUCCGGACUAUGGUCUUCAAGGAUGGAGUGGCAUACCUACAGGCAGGAGGUGGAAUUGUGUACGACAGCGUGGAGGAAGACGAGUACGUCGAGACGCUCAAUAAACUGCAAGGUAACGUCCGUGCACUCGAAGGCGCAGAAAAGUAUUGGUAUGAUCUCCAACAAACUAAGGCUAGACGGACGCCAUAAUGGGAUGACUCCCGUGGAAAGUAAUUAUAUGUAUUGUUAAUGUAUCUACAAGUCAUCAUCCUCGAUCCCGAGAGAACGCCUCUUGGCGUCACGGUUCCGUCGCGUCUCCUUGUAAGCCUGCUGCUCAGCCUUCUUCGCCUCCCUCUCCGCGUUCUGCAAAGCACCCUCUCUACCCGCAACGCUCAAUACGCCCGCAACAAUCUCCGCGACCCUCGUGCUCUCGUCGUUGGCUGGGAUAGGAUACAUGACAAUCCUCGGAUCCGCGUUUGAAUCAACGAUACCGAUGGUCGGAACGUGCUGAAUGGCGCACUCGCGAAUUGCGUGCAUGUUCGUGAGAGGAUUGAGGAAAACGACGAGGUCUGGCGUGAUGAUAGUCUCUUCUACGGUCUCCACCCCAAACGUCUGGAUCAUGUUGGUGAGAGUACCAGGGAGCCACUUUUCUCCGACGUGGUAUGCCUGCUUGCCUAUCCGCUCAGCAGCCUUGCGGACGGCUGGUCGGAUAUCUGGUCGUGUGCCGACAAAGACGACCCGACCUCCGUUGGCUGUUACAGCGCGGACGAGAGAUGCGGCACGACGAAGGAGAGCGAUGGUGUUUUCGAGGUCGAUGAUGGUGAUGCCAGCACGUGUACCGUAAGCGUAGGGGAUGAAAUUGGGGUUCAUGAGGGCGCGAGAGUGGCCCAUGUGAGCGCCAGAGGCGACGAGGGCAGAGAGGGUGAGGGUGCUGGGACUGUGUGGUCGGUGGAGGGUAUGAUGUGGUUGCCAUGUAUUGUCCCGUGUUUGAGAAGAGCCGUAUUGGGAGAACUCGUCAAUGAGCAUUCUGUACUCUGCUUUUCGAAUUUGGAAGGCAGACCAGUCCUCCUGGGUCUCGAGGCGCAUACCCUCGGGGGAAGCAGCGGUGGUCACCGCGCGUUUUGAUGUGGAUGCAUGUCUAAAGACUGCCGAUGAUGAUGAGGCCGAGCAAGUACGCCUCGUCGCCGACGAC